AUGGCGUCAAGAGGUACGACGGAGACCGGUAAACUCCGGCAGAACCUGGAAGAACAGCUCGACCGACUGAUGCAGCAGCUCCAAGACCUGGAGGAGUGCAGGGAAGAGUUGGACACUGAUGAGUACGAGGAAACCAAGAAAGAAACUUUAGAGCAACUGAGCGAAUUUAACGACUCUCUGCAGAAGAUUAUGUCUGGGAAUAUGACUUUGGUGGACGAGCUGAGCGGGAUGCAGCUGGCUAUCCAAGCAGCGAUCAGCCAGGCCUUUAAAACCCCAGAGGUCAUCCGGAUGUUUGCCAAAAAGCAGCCAGGACAGCUGAGGACGCGGUUAGGAGAGAUGGAUCGGGAUUUAAUGGUCGGAAAACUUGGAAGAGACCUCUAUACUCAGCAGAAAGGGGAGAUCCUGACGGCUCUGAGAAAACUUGGAGAGAAGCUGACGCCGGAGGAGGAAGCUUUCCUUGCAGAGAAUGCAGGUGCUGCACUCAGCCAGUUUCAGAAGGUCUCAGAAGGAUUAGGUGAGUCAAUAUAUCGGUCUGUUUGCUUCUAG